UGCCUGGGUUUGGGGCAAGCCAAUGAGGAGCCCAAGUUCAAUGGAGCACCAGGUUGGUGCAGACUCCAUUCUACUGGCUCCCCCAUAAUGGCAGGCAUCUGCCUGAUUUGGGAUCGAUGUGGGGGCCUGAGCCCCAGGUGUGAAUCCUUCCUCCAAAAUCUCUCCCAUUUCCUCCACUGCUCACCACUGGCAGGCAACUGGACCCAUCUGGAGAGGCAUGGGAGUAUCCGGGCCUUGCCAAUCUGUGCUGCCUUCUGUGACCAGUGGUUUUCGGCCUGCAGAGAUGAUCUGGCCUGUGGUCGGAAUUGGCUCUCCCAACCAGAAGGAGGGAGCUGUGAGGGCGGCUGUCUCACCUUUGACCAGACCUUUCUGGACGCCAAAGACCUGUGUGGUUCUGCGCUGGGACACUACCUGGUUGCUGCACCUGCUCCCUGUCCCUGCCUUCAGCUCUCCAUCUCUGACCCUAAGCCGCCUGACCCAGACGCCCUAUUAGACAUCGCCUGCCCAGCCUGGCCACUGCCCCGACCUCGAGGGCGCCAGAGCAACCGGCUCAAACGCGCGCUGCUCCUCCCGCCUGGGGGAGUCGGCAGUGGCAGCGGCAGCGGCAGCGGCAGCGGCCCUUAG